AUGUUAACAAACUUUUUAAUACUUUCAUCGAUAUUUGGAGUGAAAUGUUCAUAUGACUAUACGAAUGAAGAUGACAUUUGGACUGGAUCGAGCACAAGGAACGGCAAGAUAUUUUGGCCAUACCAAGAAUCUUUAAUAGAUGCGAUCCAUUAUGCAACUGGGAAGCAGGGUCCUAAGAAAAAUAUUGGCGAUUAUUUUGACUUCCUUCGAGAUCCCUACGGAUUGCCGCCAGGACUCUCAUCCCCACUCCCGGAAUACGACUUUAUCAUCAUCGGCGCAGGAUCAGCUGGCAGCGUCUUGGCGUCCCGACUAUCAGAAAACAGGAACACCACUGUCCUGCUCCUUGAAGCAGGCAAGCCCGAGAUGCUCCUCACAGACGUACCGGCUAUGGCUCCGUACUUCCAAUCUACGGAUUACGUUUGGCAUUAUUACAUGGAGCAUCAAGACGGAGUGUGUUUAGGAAUGGAAAACGAGCGAUGCUUCUGGCCACGAGGCAAAGCCGUAGGAGGCACCAGUGUCAUCAACUACAUGAUUUAUACCAGAGGCAGACCCCAGGAAUGGGAUAGAAUAGCAGCUGCUGGCAACUACGGAUGGGCUUACAAUGAUGUCCUUCAAUAUUACAAGAAAUCGGAAAGAGCCAAGUUAGAUGGAUAUGAAAAUAGUCCAACACGCAACAAAGAUGGCAGGAUGCCAGUGGAAUUUGUCCAAAGAAGAACAAAAUUAAUAAAAGCCUUUUUGGAAGCUGGAAAAUUACUUGGACAUCCGACUGUAGACUACAAUUCACCAAACGAACUUGGUUUCGGCUACGUACAAGUCACAGCGCAAGACGGGCAUCGGCAGAGUGCCGCCAAAGUUUUCCUGCACAAACACAAGAACAGACGAAACCUUCACGUCCUCCCAGAAAGCACUGCCACUAGAGUUCUCAUUGAUGAACAAACUAAAACUGCAUACGGAGUAGAAUUCGUUAGAAAAGGAAAAACAUAUGUCAUAAAAGCAAGGAAAGAGGUCAUAUUAUCAGCUGGGCCUAUUGCGUCUCCUCAACUUCUCAUGUUGUCUGGCGUAGGACCACGAGAUCACCUUAUAUCUAAGGGCAUACAUGUAGUACAAGAUCUCCCUGUCGGGCAAACAUUAUAUGACCAUAUAUGCUUUCCAGGAGCCAUAUUCGAAUUAAACACGACUGGAGUCAGUUUUAACGAAAACUCAGCUAUUGAUUUAACUUCUAUAAUAAGUUGGCUUAGGGAUGGCGACAGCGACUUGGCAAGUCCCGGUGCUGUAGAAGGAAUAGGAUAUAUAAAGACCCCCGUUUCAAAUGAUCCGGAACCAAUUCCUGAUAUAGAAUUGAUAAGUAUUGGAGGAUCUAUACUAGCAGACGGCGGACCUGGUGGUAGUAAAGCUGUAAGAAAAGGUAUGAGAAUAAAAGAAGAGGUUUUCAAUGACGCAUUCGGACCGAUUGACACAAGAGACGCCUGGAGCGCCUUCCCGAUGCUGUUGCACCCAAAGUCUGUGGGCCGGUUAGAAUUGAGAGAUAGAAAUCCGUUUAGUCAUCCCCGAAUUUACGGUAACUAUUUGACUGAUAAGACCGAUUCGGCCACGUUUGUGGCGUCCAUUCGUCACAUUCAAGCAUUAGCUGCUACAGAGCCAUUUCAGAAAUUCGGGGCACGUGUCUACCCAGCAAAUUAUCCGGCUUGCCGCUCAACUGUGUUUGAUUCAGAUGAAUAUUGGGAAUGUGCUGUUCGAACGCUAACUGCAACACUCCAUCAUCAGAUUGCGACUUGCCGCAUGGGUCCUGUUGGAGAUCCUUUGGCUGUAGUGGAUCCAGAAUUACGAGUACAUGGUAUUUCAAGGUUGCGCGUAGUGGAUUCCAGUGUAAUACCUCGUACGACUUCAGCGCAUACAAACGCACCUGCGAUAAUGAUUGGUGAAAAGGCAGCGGAUAUGAUAAAGGAUACUUGGAGAUCAAGUAAUGGAGUGUAUAGUUACAAGUAAAGCAAUGAUUUUAAAUUAAAAUUUUAUUAUUUUGAUUCCAUUGUAAUAGAUCUGUAAAUCUACAAAUAUAUUUAGAUUUGUAAGAGUCCAAUGAGUGUCACACAUUCGUCACUAGACUACUCCUACUAAUAAGAAAUAUUUUCAUUGUUA